UUCGCAAACCGUUUGCCCUCCGCUUUCCUUUUGGGCGGAAAUCAAAUGCCCUCGGCUUUCUCGCAGCCACCGCCGGCGCUGCCGCCCACCGCGCGCCGCGACAACCGCAAGCUUCCGCGAUUCGCCGCCUCCGCCUCGGUACUGCCACCAAUGGCGAUGGGAGCCGGCGAUAUAUUCCGCCCCGGCGCCUUCGAGAUGCCCCCGGCGCCGGCGGCAGGGAUCGAAUGUACGCUGCAAUCUCCCGAAUAUACUCCGCGGCGCGUAGGCGUCUCGAGGCCUUCAUAACCUCGCUGCCGGGCGGCCACGAUGGCUGCGGCGGCAGCAGGAGGGGCUUGCAUCGGCAGAAGCGGCGGCGGCGGUGGAGGAGUCCCUUCAGCAGCCCGCUCGGGUCGCCCAUGUCGAUGUCCUCCAUCAUUGGCGCGGGGGACGACCAGGCCACCCCAGCGUCGUCGGGGGCGGCUUACGGGACCCCUCAGGGCCGGGUCAUGACGCCUUCCAAGGCCCCGUCAUCGCCGCUGCCGCCGCCGCAGAUGGUCGUGGUGGCGCUGGACGCCACGCGGGACCACCGGGAUGACGAGAUCAGGACGGCGCUCAGGGGGUUGGUCGACCGAGGCGACAUACUCCGCGCCGGGGACUCGCUGCUCGUGCUCGGCGUGCUAUACUCCAUCACCCAUCCGAUGGGCUACCAAGCCAAACCAAGUACUGAAUCUUUUUCUGGGACAAGUGACAGAUACCUAGGUGAUCAGGUGACAAAAAUAGCUGAAAUUUACAAAAACAAGCUUCAUCAACUUGCAGAGGCGUUCCGCAAAGUUGGGAUUACUGUGACCCUCAAGGUAACCCCUGGAGCACCCGCAAAGAUUGUCAUUAUACAUGAAGUAAAUUCCAGCAAAGCUGCUUGGGUCGUCCUAGAUAGGCACUUCAGGAGAGAUUUCAGGCACUUAGAAAAGCACAUAGCUUGCAAAGUUGCAGCAUUUCAGGAUCAUUUACAAGUGCAGACCUUGAAGCCAAUGUGGUCGAACCCAUCAAGCAAAAGCACAGUUGAAGUGAACCUGCAACGUUUUGCGGUCACGAUAGAUCUGAGUUCUGAGACACCAAGUGCUAAUCACAGAGUGCCAAACAUGUCAUCGCCUGUAAGCUACUUUGCCUCUCUAAGCAACCAUGGUAUCCACGAGACCACCAUUGUGGAUGCAUGCAGUGUGCCAUAUUUCAGCGGCAUGUCUAUCACAAUCGAUGAUACCCAAUCACUGUCUAAUGGAAAAUAUGAAGAACAAAUGACUGCCCAAUAUGAUUCAUCGGAGAGGCCGGUUUUGUGUAUUGGCUGUGGUCUAAAAUCAGUUCUUUACAUAAAGGAAUCCAUGAAAUUUCCGUUCUCAGAGAUUCAAGCUGCAACAUCGGACUUCUCAAAUGAUCAUUUGCUGGGCGAAGGUGGAUUUGGACAUGUGUACAAGGGCCAGCUCAAGGAUGGUCAGGUCAUUGCAGCCAAGGUGCGCAAAGAAGCAAGCACACAGGGCUAUACUGAGUUCUUCUCGGAGGUGCAAGUUCUCAGUUUUGCCCGGCACCGGAAUAUCGUCAUGUUGCUUGGUUACUGUUGUAAAGAAAGUUACAACAUCUUGGUGUACGAGUAUAUAUGCAACAAUUCCCUCGAGUGGCAUUUAUUUGACAAGUCGGCAAGCUUACUAGAGUGGCACAAGAGGCAUGCUAUUGCUAUCGGUAUUGCAAAAGGGUUGCGGUUUCUACAUGAGGAGUGUCGUGCUGGUCCAAUCAUUCAUCGGGAUUUGCGCCCCAGCAAUGUACUGUUGACACAUGAUUUUGUUCCUAUGCUUGGAGACUUUGGUCUUGCAAAAUGGAAGGCUGGCAAUGACUCCAUCGAGACAAGGAUUCUGGGUCAAUCAGGAUACUUGGCGCCUGAGUAUGCUCAAUUCGGCAUGGUUUCUGUCAGAACAGAUGUCUAUGCCUUUGGGAUUGUUCUUUUCCAGCUAAUAUCUGGUCGAAAGGUGCUUGAUGAAUAUGAAGGGCAGUGCACACAUAUACUGCAAUGGGCAGAGCCAUUGGUGGAGAGCCUUGCACUUCAUGAACUAAUCGAUAAGCGCAUCAAAGAUGCAUAUGAUACAUAUGGGUUGUAUCAUCUGGCCAGAGCUGCAUAUCUUUGUGUCAGGGCAAACCCAGAGCAGCGGCCUUCAAUGGGAGAGGUUGUUCGCCUUAUUGAGACAGAAAAUGAGCAUAUCAGGGAUCUGUCACGACAAUUCAUCCCACAUUUCAUGAAGUGAUGUCGUGUGAGCUGACUGCUAAAGUAUAUGUCCUGCAUCGCCACCAGGACAAAGUAAACUCAAAUCCAUAUUCACAUUCUCCUUGGUGACAUUGUAACGCCUUAUUUUGUAUGCUUCUUCCACCCAUAUAACUGUGUACCUGGGGAAUUACUGCGCCCCCUUUUGUUUCUCCUUUUCUUAUCUCUGUAAAUGAAAUGCCAUCUUCAUAGAGUGGCCCUUUCGUGUCUCCUGGCCUUUCUUUCGUUCUUUUUCGACGUGUGGUGGCCUUUUCGUUGAGCUGCCUAAUCAACUAGGUUGAUCGAGUACACUGAUUCAUGACACUGCUCAGGUCUUCAACAUGUAUCAGCAGAUUGAGUGAUGCUUAUGACUCAGAAUGCAAGCGCAUUAAUUUUGCUGCAUGUAA